AAAAUAGUAAUAGAUACAAGAGUUAUAUGUGUACGAUUUUUGUUUUUCUGGACUUUUUGAAAAUUUCUCAUAGUUUUGAUGACUGAAUACCAUCGAAUUAUGUGUUUCAUACACGUUCCCUAAGAACAACAGCAUAUACUCUUAAACAAUGUGUGAAUGUGAAACAUGUACAGAGUUUUUGAAGCUACUGAAUCCAUAUAAAGAUACUAAUGUUAAUCAUGAUUUGAGUUGUGUUGUUUUACCCAAGUCUGAAGUCAAUCAGUUAAUUGUGUUUGUUCAAGCGUUUAUGCAAAGACAAUGUCUUGGUGGAUUUCAAGAUAGAAAGAAUUAUGAUCAAUUCCAAUGGAUUACUCAAUGUUUUAUCUUGUUGAUGAUUAAUUUAUUAAAAUCCUUUAAAGGAGAAGAGCAAAUUAUUUACCCAAAUCGAGAUGAACAUAAUGAUGAUGAGGAUAAUACCAAAUGGGAAAAUUUACUAACUAAUUUCAAAGAAGAAGAGUUUCAAUGGACACUAAUAGAAAUAGAAAAGCCAUUACAUCUAAUGACCAAGGUAUUCUUAAUGAAUUACCCUUUAUAUGUGGCAGUCAAGCAGUAUCCGCAUUACAAAGCAGAGGAAGUAACUCAACAAGAAGCAUCAACGAUGAAUCAUUACUGCGAUGUACAAGAAAUCGAUAUGCCAUUACUUUUAUUAAGAAAUGUCAAUAUGUUUUGCAGGGUUGGUGGAAUGGAAGCCAUAAUGUCUUGUUUCGACUACGAAUCAUUGCCCUUAACAAUGGCCAAUCCAAUUGUUAUACUUGCUUGCAAUGUUAAACUUUGGCUGAAUUAUCACACAAAUGUUCAUGUAUUUGUUCCAUUAAGAUCUAAAGUCUUAAGAUUUAUGUGCAAUCUAACUGAUAAAGAAUUACGGACGCCUGCAGCUAAAACAAUGGCCGAUUUUAUGUGGAGUUCAAAUAAAGAUGGCCAUACAUCUAGUUUAGACAAAGAUGGUCUUGAAUUAGCUUUUAAAUAUUUCACAUCACCAACACUCACAAUGAGACUGGCUGGCAUAUCUCAAAUUAACAGUCAUAUAGGAUCUUUAAAUGAACUUGUUCAUGUUACUGCUGCUACAUUAUCAACUUCUUCACAGUCAAAUGAUAUGAUUACUAUUGAACAGAUUGGACAUAAUUUAGCUACAUGGCUAGUACAUCGUAAAAUCAUAUCGCAUGUGUUUGGACCAAACUUACACGUUGAAGUAAUUAAACAGUGUAGCAUUACUUUGAACUUCCUUGCAUCAGAAGGAAAAAUUACUAAUGAGCACAUAGACAUAAUUUGGCAAGCCGCACAAUUGAAGCAUUGCAGUAAACAAGUUUUUGACCUUCUACCUGGUUUUAUUAAACAUUUAGAACCUGGACCUGUACUACACUUGUAUCACUUAUUGAGAAAAUUGGAACCAAAAGAACAUACUGAACAAAGUUUAUUCUUGGCAUCGGCUCUUACAAAAUUUAUUUGGUCGAGCAUGGCUACUACUGCAAGAGGUCACGAAUUCUCAAUUCCGAAAAUGCAAAAAAUAGUUAAUAUGCGAGAUGGUCGCAGAAUUAUUCGUUCAAAUGAUAUGAGUACUUCCGAAAAUAGUGCUAGCCUUAAUAGUAACUCUGAUGGAGAAUCUAGUGAAGAAAGAAGCGAUAUAAGUGAUGGACCAACUCCUAGAAAAAAACCAAAAAAAGGAAAUAUUUUUGUUUAUUCUGAUAAUGAUUCAUUGAUUUUAGAUGAAGCAAAAAUAUUUGAAGAAUUAGGCAAUGACUUUGAGUUGGAUGAAAAAGAAAUUAUUAGACCUUCAAAACCACUCGGCGUGUGUAAAAUUAUGCGUUGUGUAAGAAAAAAAGGAAUGAGAGAUACAAGAAUGAGAGUUACAAAACCAUGUAACUCAAGUGACGAAGAUUCUGAUAAAUUGAUUAAAGAUUUGCAAAAGACUGGAAAACCUAAUUAUAAAAAAAUAUGCAAAAAUCUCAAAAUGAAAUGUGUGCGUACUGGUUGUACAGAAAAUGAAUCGGAGUCAGAGAGAGAUGAAGAAGAUGAAGAAGAAGAUGAUGAUGAUGAUGAUGACGACGAUGAUGAUGAUGACGACGAAGAAGAUGAUGAUAUCGAAGACGAAGACAGUGAAUCUAUGGAAGCAAUGGAAAUUGGUAUAUCACCAGUAAGUAGGAUCAAUAUAGUCGAUCCUACUUCAGAUCAGCAAGUGCCUUCUACUCUCCUGAAUAGACAAAUGUUAGAGGAUUAUAGUGGAGAUGAAAAUAGUAUGUCAUCUCGUAUGUCUAAUAAGUCUGAUAAAAAUAUGGCUGAUUUUGAUGGAGAAGACUCUGGCUGCGAUGAGGAACUGUUACAGUUAGCUGCCAGAGCACAGACUCAUUUAUCACCUCAACAGUUAAAUCACAUGGCAUUUCAUUCUAGUUUCCAAACAAAUAAAAAUAUGCAUCCUUGUACUCAAAGUAUAACAUCUACAAUUACUAAUCAGUUUAACAUUGAAAAUGUAUGCAAGCCAGGUUCAACUUUGUUAUGGGAUUUACUUCAAGAUGAAAACAUAACUCUUUUAGGUGAAUCGUUGGCUCUAGAAGCUGAAAAAGCACUUUUUAAUUUAGUUUGCUUUAAUACUGAUCGUGCAAUUAGAAUGAAAUUUAUAGAGGGCUGUUUGGAUAAUAUACAAAAAAAUAAGUCUGUUGUGAUUUCUUUAAGAUUAUUACCUAAAUUAUUUGCAUCGUUUCAUCAAUUUCGUGGAGCUUCAUUAGUCAAUCUUAAUGUUGGUAUGGAUACUCGCCAGGUGACAUUGUGGGCAGUAAAACACCAUGGUAUGAUUGAUAGAGUGUUCAAUAACUUCCGAGAGUACUGUAAACAACACGCAGAAAACCAAUUUGAAGACUCUGGUUUUUAUUCUCAUCAAACUCACAUAGAAGCAAGAUUGCAGUUUUUAACACAUAUAUAUUCUUCUAUUGGUCUUCCUGACACUAUUAAACUGACAAUUGAUGAAUUAGACACAUUAUGGAAUGGUUUAGUAAACGAUGAAGUGUGUCGAGAUGAACUAUUCAAUUGGUUAUUACGUCAAGUUCGUUGUAGAGAACAACACACCUUUAAUAUUGAAACUUUAACUCACUUAUACUGUGAAAAAUUGCUGUCAUUGGCACCAGAAAGUUAUACAAUGGUAGCACUAAGCUUGUUUACUCAAUUGUGUAAUAUGGCACAACAACAGGUAUCCAGUGAUAAUUUAUUGCUAGCUAGAAAUGGCCAUGCAGCCGCGAUGGAACAUUUGUCAAGAAUUGCUUUAAGGGCUUCUAAUAAUGAUGUUAGUAUGGCGGCAAUACAGUACAUGAACAGUUACUAUAUGAUGAAUUUACAACUUGAUAAAGAAGAUAAGUUUAUUAGUGAAUGUGUAUCAAAUUUGUCAGCAGCUGCAGAUUUGUUAAAUGUUAAAGAAGAGUCUAGUCUUCUUUGUAUACAGAGAGCUUUAAUUUUAUUGAAAACUCACUUGGAAACCUUUAAAAGAAAAUAUGCAUAUCAUUUGAGAAGAUGGAUGCUAGAAGGUCAUGGUAUUAUGAGCCAUGUAAUACAAAAUGAUAAAAAUAUUUCAACUAUCAGACUAAAUAUCAACCCUGCCAUGUUGGACGAAAAGUUAACACUCGAUAUGCCAAGCACAGAUUAUAUAGCUGAUAUGCGAGCUGAAAUUGCUCAUUGGUGGGAGACUCAGCAUGACAAUUUAGUUGCUCGAAAACUACCUACAGAUGGUAAUAUACGAAUGAUUGCACUUGGUCAAGAAAUAACAUCAGAUUUUGAUGAAAAAACUAUACAAGAAACCGGAUUAAAAGAUAACCAAAUAAUAUACUUGUCUCUAAGCACUUCUCGUAAAAAGAAACUUGGUGAUCAAGACUUACCUGGAUCUAUGCAGUCUAUUCCAUCAAAAGAGAGUUCCCCAACUCUAUUACUUUUGAGACCUAAAAAUUUUGAAGUACUUUUUCGUCUAAUGCAUACUCUUGGAUCAAUGAAAACGAUCAAUGAAGAAGGAAAUGAAGUAUUGCAUUCAAGAGCUCAAGUGCUGUCAAGAAAUGUAUGGGAUAUAUUGACUAUGCUGCCAACUAGUCCUACCAUGUUAGAUUGUUUUAGCCAUUUCCCUAUACACGAAACAAAAGAUAAAUGUCAAAUCUGGUUGGAAAAGGAUUUGGAUUCAACAAAUUUACAAAGACUAAUGUAUUCAUUAUAUAUUAUCGAAUCAUUACUACAACUUAAUAAUGAUAAGUGUCUGGAUGAUGAUAACAUGUUACUUGAGACUACAACAAAUGGAUUGACUAGCUCGUGGGGAGAAUGUUUUAUUGAAAAAGGUGGUUUGGAACAUCUUUUUACUAUACUUAUGUCUGGUACACUUCAGGGUAAUAGCGAAUGGCACCAAGAUUGUUUAGCUCAUUUAUUAAAAUUACUGUGCCAGUUAGGAGUAUCACCAAAUGAUAGAAGACAACUUGAUCAAUUCGAAGGUUUAGGUUUUGAUCCAUAUUUCCGCCCUAGAAAAGCUCAUAUGAAAAAACAAGCUAAUUUAGUUGUGCCCAAACUAAACAAAGAAAUGUUAAAAUUAAUGAAAAUUGAUUUGGUUAUUCCAAGACUAAUGAGCAUUUUAAAUGAGUUAUCUGUUCCUCGACAUCCAAAAGAUAUAAAAACUGGAUUUUGGGGAAGGGCACAAGUCAUUCAUUUCUUGAUGACAUUAGUGCUGUCCUGGUCCCACAGUGUUAAUGGCAUUUGUGAAGCACUCUUAGAAUCUAAUCAAUUUUCCAUGUGGCUGUGCAAUCUUGUACUAGAAGAUCCAGAUCCUUUAGUUCGACAUGAAAUAUGUGUUGCUUUGUAUAGACUUUGUGCUGUUCCUCCUGCUAAUCGUACUGCCGCUACGUUACUUUUGUCUCAAUUAAUUAAGUUCCUAGAUAAGGCAGAAUGUAUGCAGCCGCAAGCAAAACAAGAAAAUUCAUUGAAGAUCACUGAUGAAGAUAAACCUCUUUAUGGACCAGCUUGUCGAGAUUACUUUUGGUUAAUGUGUCGUCUCGUCAAUUGUUUACCAAAUGAUAUCAUUCAAGAGAGUAUAAAAAACCCUUCAGAGUGUAUAAUUAAUAUUGAAGCGUUAGCAAUAUGUGUUUGGGAAUCAAUAGCUUCUAGAGGUUUUAUUGAAACACAUUAUAGUGGACUACAAGAUGAUGGCUUGAUUGGACUUUUAAAUCUAAUGUCUAAUAUUUUAGGACAUAAACCUCCAUUUAAAUUUAGUAAACAAAGUCACAAAGUCUUAGAUACUGUUUUUGAGUUUCUGUUUGCUCUUCCGGAUCCUCAAAAUAGACAGUUACCUAAAUGUAAAUCUGAAAGCGCUAGAUCAUCGGCGUAUGAUUUACUAGUUGAAUUAGUCAAAGAAACUCCAAAUAAUUAUGAGUAUUUGUAUGAAAAACUAUUGGAGCAACAUAGCAAUGACUUAAACCGUCCUCCAUAUUUAUGGGAUUAUUGGCCUCACGAUGAUGGACGAUCAAGUUGUGGUUAUGUAGGUUUAACAAACCUUGGUGCUACUUGUUAUAUGGCAUCAUGUAUGCAACAUUUAUUUAUGAUGCCUCAAGCAAGACGGUCAAUACUAGAAGCUAAGUGUGAUGAAUCUAAUAAACACGCUCCUAUACUUGUUGAAUUAAAACGAAUGUUUGCAUAUUUAUUGGAGAGUGAAAGAAAGACCUAUAAUCCUCGUAGUUUUUGUAAAGUUUAUACUAUGGAUCAUCAGCUUUUAAAUACUGGCGAACAAAAAGACAUGGCAGAAUUCUUCAUUGAUCUUGUAUCAAAACUUGAAGAAAUGACACCAGAACUAAAAACUCUAGUCAAAACUUUGUUUGGUGGUGUUAUAAGCAACAAUGUUGUUUCGUUGGAUUGUGAUCACGUCAGUAGAACUUUGGAAGAAUUUUAUACUGUGCGAUGCCAAGUGGCUGAUAUGAGAACUUUAUAUGAGUCUCUUGAUGAAGUUACGUUAAAGGAUACUUUAGACGGAGAUAACAUGUAUACAUGCUCUCAAUGUGAAAAGAAAGUUCGUGCAGAAAAAAGAGCUUGUUUUAAAAAAUUACCACAAAUUCUGUGUUUUAAUACAAUGCGGUAUACAUUUAAUAUGGUGACCAUGAUGAAAGAAAAAGUUAACACUCAUUUUUCAUUUCCCAUGAUACUGGACAUGUCGGGCUAUGUUGAAAAACAUCUAAUGCCUCAACAUUACCACGAAGAAAAAGAAAUUAAUGAAAACGUUGGAGUAGAUGGUCUUGAAGAGAACUAUCAAUAUGAGCUGAUUGGUGUCACUGUCCAUACUGGCACGGCAGAUGGUGGCCAUUAUUACAGCUUUAUUAGAAAUCGUGAACGUACUAAUAGAUCACAAACCCCUAGUACCGAUCAGUGGUACUUAUUUAAUGAUGCCGAAGUUAAACUAUUUGAUGCAAGUCAGUUAGCUGCUGAAUGCUUUGGGGGAGAAAUGACUAGUAAAACAUAUGACUCUGUCACGGAUAAGUACAUGGAUCUUAGUUUUGAAAAAACAAAUAGUGCUUAUAUGUUGUUCUAUGAACUUGUAAAGCCCACUGAUCCAGAGGCUGAAGAACGCAGUGCUUCUCAUGAAGGACAAAUAUCGCCUCCAAUAAAAUUAAGUAGUGAGUUGGAAGGUUGGAUAUGGCAGGAUAAUAGGCAAUUUUUACAAGACAAGAAUAUCUUUGAAAGUGCCUAUUUUCAGUUUAUGUGGCAAAUAUGUGCGUUUAUUCCACAAUCGUUAGAAGAUUCUGAAGAAUUAGCAGAGUUAGCCACUAAACUAACAACUGCUUUUUUCCUUGAGACGUAUAUUCAUGCUAAAGAACGAUCUACUUUAAUGCAAUGGACAGAUUUACUAACUAAACAGUUCACUGCAUCACAAUCAGGUUGUGAAUGGUUUCUUCAACAAAUGGGUGAUGAUGGGUGGUGGCCAUUAAAAAUAUUUAUUAAAUGUCCUAAUCAAAUGAUACGGCAGACUUUCCUUAAGUUAUGUAUGCAUGCGAUUCAAUGUUUAAGGCCCUAUGUUGGUUUUCUUAAAAAUGUGUUUAUCACUGACGAGAAAUCCGAAGCUAUUAAACCUUAUGUAUCAUGCCUUACUUCGUUUAUUCGUACUGUUGUAUCGUUGAUGCAGCAAAAUAUAAAAAAUUUUAUUCGCAAUAUGACUGAAUAUUUUGCAUUGUUACAUGAGUUUAGUAAAUUAGGGGAUGAAGAAAGUAAAUUCUUAAUAUCAAUACAAUGUAUUACAACAGUUGUUAACUUUUAUUUGGGUUUGAAAGGACAUGAACAUUGUGAUACAUCCGUUAAUGGGACUGACUGCGAAGAAGAAGACGAGGAAAUGAUUCCUAUGUCAACUGUUGACAGAAACAAGCCUCCUAUAUCUCUUGAAAAAUUAAUAGCCCUUGUGGUGUCAUUAGUAGAAAAAUCUCGAAACAUAGAUGGCCAAUUAGAAUUAUCAGAUAAUGAUUUAUAUGUUUUGCAAGGAAUGAAGGGAUUUCCAUUUAUCAUUCAACAAAUUAAAGAUAACACAAAUUUACAUAUGACAAAAAACUUCAUAUUUUCAUUGUGCCGAAACGAAUCAUCGCAAAAAAAUUCUGUACUUGCUAAUGAAAUAAUAUGUCAAAUUUUAAAUAUUAUUCAAAAAAAUGUUAAUAGUUCAGAAAUCACUCAGUCAUUUUUCAAGAUGUUAACAUUGCUAUCUGAAGGAAGUGUUGGUGGCAAUGGUGGAUUACCACCUUUUACAGAAUUCAUAUUAAGGCAUUUAUGGCAAAGCACUGAAAAUGGCCCCCAAGUUGCACUAGAGUGGUUAAGUCUUCAAGUUCCCCGUAAUAAACAAAUUUCUGCUUGGGUUCUCAAUGGUAUGGACACAUGGGUGGAACGUUUUCUUAUAGCUCAUGGAAAUGCCCGUGUUCGUUCGGGUGCCAGUGUCUUAUUAGUUUCUUUAGUACCAAACACACAAUUCCGACAAGCAUACAGGUCAGCACGAGGCAUGUGUAUGACAAAAGAGUUCUUGUUAGCGCCCGAUGCUAGAGAGACAUUACAUGAAAUUUUCAAAUUUCUUUUAAAACUUUUAAAAGUAGCUAAAGAAUAUACGGACACUGCACAACAUGGAUCAUCAAAAUUGACUGCCUAUUUUGUUUUGCUUAAUUAUUUCUUGAUAUCUAGGACUGAAAAGUUAAUGUUUGGACCUCAUUUAGUAGAGUUGUGGCAAUUGUUCCAUCCUAAACUAUCUGAACCAGCCAUACCCAUACAUCAUAAUAAGCAAAGUUUAUUAAUGUUAUUCUACAAUGUUUUACUAGACUGUUCGGAAAAUGUCCAAAUACUUAUACAAGACCCAUAUUUUGUUAAAAAUAUUGCUUUUAACUAUAUUUUAGCUGACCACGAUGAUCAGGAAGUAGUGAUUUUUAACAGAGUUAUGUUACCUGCCUACUAUGGUUUACUUAGGAUAUGUUGUCAACAUUCAAAAACAUUUACUCGUCAACUGGCAGGCCAUCAAAAUAUAAGUUGGGCUUUUAAAAAUAUAUCACCUCAUCCUACUCAAUAUGCAGCGGCUGUGGAUGAGCUGUUUAAACUUCUGCAAUUGUUUAUAAAAAAGUUUUCCGAUGCAACUGAACAAGAAAUAGCAGAAAUUAAUCAAUACAGAAGAGAAACAAUACAAUUAUAUGUGUCCCACUUGGAUGGAAAAGCUGGUUGGGGUACUUUAAUACCAGUAACUAAAAUUUUGCUGGAAAACGAUGAAGAUAAAGUAUACUUCAUUCAAAAUCGUGGUUUAGAAAUGUGUUUUGAAGGUUUUCAAACCUUACACAAUAUGUAUCACGAAGCAACUGCUUGCCAUGUAACUGGAGACCUAAUUGAGAUGCUUGCUUUAAUAGUAGAUGUGACUAAAUGCUUACAAAAAGCUCACGAGCAAAAUAAAUUAAAUGAUAAAGAAACUCCUCGUACUAUAAUUUUAACAUAUAAAGAAUGGCCAGAUAUGUUACGAAAACUAGUCACCUUACUUAAUACCUAUAAUCCCAAAGAAAUGAGAGAAUCUGUAAUAGAUUUAUUAAAAAUCCUAGUUGUUUUAAUGCCAAACGAAGUAAUUAAUGUGCUUCAACCAAUUUUGACCCACUGCCAUGCUGUAUGUAUGGAUAGUAAUAAUGGUAUGCCUAUAGGCCCCUACUUUCCACGCAGAGGACAUAAAGUGCCUAUGCUGAGUAUAAAAUCAAAUACUAGGCCAAUAAGACCAAUGGUGCAAAUGGCUUUAACACAUAAUCAACUAGAUUUGACAAAAGGCUGUGAUCCUCAUUAUGAUGCAGAACUAUCUGCUUUUUAUGCACCAUAUCAUGAAUUUAUUGAUGUCAUGUGUCGCACUGCUGUUAACCAUGACUGUUUAACAGAACCAUUAGUGGCACUAAAUGCAAUGAUUGGAUAUGAAUCUAUUCCAUUGCAUCAUACUUUCUUUCCUAAAUUUUGGCUAGAUGUUCAUAAUAUGAGUAGUCCUAAUUUACCAUAUUUACGGUUAUUAUCAAAAAAUAACUAUUUUGUGGAUUAUCUAGAGUCAACACUUAUUGAAGAACGUCUUAGCUUAAAUAAUGAUAUAAUUUAUGAUUUUGUGAGAACGUUUUUUCCUGAGAUGGCUGCUAGUGUCUUAUCACACCAUACAUUUGAACUAUUGGAGAGCGUUAUAUUUAAUCUACCUAAUGAUUUGGAAAAGCUAGGAGAGCUAGAAACUGAAAAAAGAAUGUUGUCGAAUUUACGAGCACUUCGAGUAUGUUCCCUUGUUAAACCUCCUGUGCACGAACUAAAAGCCGUUUUGAACAAUACAAGAAUAUCUACAAAAAAUAUGAUUAACAAAUUUGCUCACUUGACACCAGAUGAAACUGAUAUGGAUGAAUUGGAAGAUAUUGAUCAUGAUGACGAACGGGUGUCAUGGUUACGUCAAAUUGAAUCUAUUACUACUGAAUUUAUAGAUGCCAUUACUAAUUCAAAACAUGAAGAUCCAUCAACUAACUUGGAAGACAAAAAUAUUGCUGGUCCACCAGACAAGACUUAAUACAGGAUUUCUGUAAUGAAUUAUCAUGUUUAAAAAAAAACCGUUGCUAGUCUUUCAAAACAAAACUGGAAUUAUAAUUUUAAAAGAAAUUAAUUAAUUUCAUUUAAAACAAUUACAUGUGAUCUCCAAAUAUUUUGCAAAGUUUUGUUUUGUUUUUUUUUUGUUUUUUUUUUAUUCAGUCGACUAUUUUGUAAAGCCAAUAUCUGUUGGAAUAUUGUUAUUUUUAUCAUGCAUCCCUUGGAUUUUAUGUGGAUUAUUUCACACUAUACCUCCCCUCUAUUUUUCCUCACCUAUAGUUGUUUUAAAAUACUUUUAGUAUAAUUUAAAAUAUAAUAUGUAUUUAUUAUUAUUUUAUUAAUUCAAUUUUUAUGAAAGAACUUUUUAAAGACUUUCUAAUCAUUAAUAUUAUAGAUUAGAUUUUUUUACAGGGAAGUGUUGUUUUU